AUGUCGGGCGAUUGCGGCGGUACCCAUACACGUUUAUCACUGUGGAGGAUUCCCAAUAGCUCGAUGCAGCUUAAGGGCAAUAUCGCUCCCGGUGACUCUAUCUUUGCCAAGAAAUACCUGAACGAAGACCACUCGAGCUUCAAUGAGGUGUGCCAUCUUUUCAUGACCGAGGCUAAACUAACGAACGAAGUACCCGAGAUUUGUGUCCUGGCCUGUGCUGGCCCAAUUCUUAACAACAGUGUGGACUUUACAAACAUUGAGUUCGGCUGGAUGAUUGAUGGUGUCACUCUUGAACAACAGCUUGGAAUCAAGCAGGUGAAGCUCAUCAACGACUUUGUUGCUAUGGGCUACGGACUAUUGACCCUGCGUCCUCAUGAGUACAUUGUGCUGAAUGAUGUACCCAAGGAUGAGAGUGCUCCGAUCGCUACUAUAGGUGCUGGCACUGGUCUGGGUGAGUGCUUCUUGACCCCUGGCACGGAUGGUCAGUACACUUGCUUUGCCUGUGAAGGUGGUCACACUGACUUUGCCCCCGCGGACGAAAUUGAAAUAGAGCUGUAUAAUGAGAUCAAGGCCAAAUUGGGUUGUAGUCAGCGUUUCUCUACGGAACGGAUUCAAAUCUUUCGAUUUUUGUCAUUGUAA